CCGCGGCCUGAGCGCCCGAGCCCCGAGCCGGCCGAGGCGCGGCGCCGCCUUCCCCCUCCCCGGGCCGGGCAGCCCGAGUGGGGGCGGGGGACAGGGCGGUCGGCGCGUGCGAGCAGCCUCGGGGAGACCCUGAGCCCCGGCUCCGAGCCCCCGCCCCCUCGCCGUCUCCGCCUCCUUCCCUCACACACCCCCCGGGCCGCCCGAGCCCCAGGCCUUCCCUGCGCUCCUCCUCCUCCUCCUCCUCCUCCUCCGCCGCCGCCGCCGCCGCCGCCGCCGCCUCCUCCUCGCUCUCGCCCUCCGACCCGGGUCCUCCUGCAGCUCGCCGGCCUUGCUCCCUCCACGGCGAGUCCUGGUUCGCGGGGCGCGCGGUCCACACGCACCCCGGCUCGCUGGGCCGCCUCUCCUCGCGGCCCUCCCGCGUCCCCGCUGCGGCCGCCGUCUGGGGAGGAGGAUUGAUGUCCCAUCAGCAUCAUGCAGCCGCCGCCGAGGAAGGUAAAGGUUACGCAAGAACUGAAAAACAUUCAAGUUGAGCAGAUGACCAAACUCCAGGCCAAACAUCAAGCAGAAUGUGAUUUGCUUGAAGACAUGAGGACAUUCAGUCAGAAGAAGGCUGCUAUUGAAAGAGAAUAUGCACAGGGUAUCCAGAAAUUGGCGAGUCAGUAUCUGAAGAGAGAUUGGCCUGGAAUAAAAGCUGAGGAACGGAAUGAUUACAGGAGCAUGUAUCCUGUUUGGAAGUCUUUCCUCGAGGGAACAAUGCAGGUAGCCCAGUCUCGGAUCAAUAUAUGUGAAAACUACAAAAACUUCAUUUCUGAGCCUGCGAGGACGGUGCGAAGCUUAAAAGAACAGCAGCUUAAAAGGUGUGUGGACCAGUUGACAAAGAUCCAAGCUGAAUUACAAGAGACAGUGAAAGAUUUAGCUAAAGGCAAAAAGAAGUACUUUGAGACCGAACAGAUGGCUCAUGCAGUACGAGAGAAAGCUGACAUCGAGGCAAAAUCUAAACUUAGUCUUUUUCAAUCAAGAAUCAGUUUACAGAAGGCAAGUGUAAAGUUAAAAGCCCGGAGAUCUGAGUGUAAUUCCAAAGCUACCCAUGCAAGGAAUGAUUAUCUUCUAACGUUAGCAGCAGCGAAUGCACACCAGGAUCGCUACUAUCAGACAGAUCUAGUUAACAUCAUGAAGGUUCUUGAUGGCAAUGUAUAUGAUCACCUCAAGGAUUACUUGAUAGCCUUCAGCCGUACUGAGCUGGAGGCAUGCCAGGCUGUGCAGAACACAUUCCAGUUUUUAUUAGAAACCUCCAGCAAAGUGGUCCGGGACUACAAUCUCCAGUUGUUUUUACAAGAGAAUGCUGUAUUUCAUAAACCCCAGCCCUUCCAGUUCCAGCCUUGUGACAGCGAUACUAGUUUAAAAGCCGCCCAGCUGGUGGAUAUUGAGCUCUCCCCUGUCAGUGCUCUGAGAAUGACCAUAGCUGAGAGCCGACAGCUCGAAUCCGAGACUGGGACCACCGAGGAGCACAGUCUAAACAAGGAGGCUCGGAAAUGGGCCACACGGGUGGCACGUGAGCACAAAAACAUCGUCCACCAACAACGGGUUCUAGAUGAUCUGGAAUGUCACGGAGCCGCAGUAUCAGAUCAAAGCCGAGCCGAAUUGGAACAGAAAAUAGAUGAAGCCAGAGAAAACAUCCGCAAGGCAGAGAUAAUUAAGUUGAAAGCGGAAGCCCGGCUGGACCUGCUAAAGCAGAUCGGCGUUUCCGUGGACACGUGGCUGAAGAGUGCAAUGAACCAAGUGAUGGAGGAACUGGAGAACGAGCGAUGGGCACGCCUCCCUGCGGUGACCAACAACGGCACUUUACACUCGGUUCACGCCGACGCCGAGAGGGAAGAGGGCGAGGAGCUGGAGGACAGCAUGGACGUGUUCGAUGACAGCAGCUCCAGCCCGUCGGGCACCUUACGGAGUUACCCGCUCACCUGCAAGGUCGUCUAUUCCUACAAGGCUUCUCAGCCCGAUGAGUUGACCAUUGAGGAACACGAGGUGCUGGAGGUGAUUGAAGACGGCGAUAUGGAAGACUGGGUAAAGGCUCGAAACAAAGUCGGCCAGGUGGGCUACGUGCCGGAAAAGUACCUGCAGUUCCCCACCUCGAGCAGCCUCCUGAGCAUGCUGCAGUCCCUGGCCGCCCUGGACAGCCGCUCACAUACAUCCAACAACUCCACCGAGGCCGAGCUCGUCUCCGGCAGCCUCAACGGAGAUGCCAGCGCCUGUUUUGUGAAAGCACUUUAUGACUAUGAGGGCCAGACCGACGACGAAUUGUCUUUUCCUGAGGGUGCCGUCAUUCGAAUCCUGAACAAAGAAAACCAGGACGACGACGGCUUCUGGGAAGGAGAGUUCAGCGGGCGGGUCGGCGUCUUCCCUUCGGUGCUAGUGGAAGAGCUGUCAGCCCCGGAGAACGGGGACGCCCCAUGGGCACGAGAGAACCAGCAGGUCUCGCCUUCUCCCAAGCCGGCCAGCGCCCUGCAGCCACUGCCACUGUACGACCAGCCGCCCACCAGUCCCUACCCCAGCCCGGACAAGAGGGGCUCCCAGCUCUUCCCCCGCUCCCCUUCGGCCAGCGAAAACAGCUUCCACGCCGAGUCGCCAGGAUUCUCCCAGACUCCACGGCACACGCCUGACACCUCCUACGGCAAACUGCGACCUGUCCGGGCAGCUCCCCCACCGCCCACGCAGAGCCAGCGCAGGCCCGCGGAGAAGCUGGAAGACGUGGAGAUCACGCUGGUGUGAUGCCGCUGGGCGUCCGUCCACGAUCGCUACAAUCAGGGCCAGACUCGGUGGAGUGUGGCCGCUCCCGUAUUUUUUUUAGGCACCUUUGCAUGAUGAUGACUCUUGACUGGAGCAAGAAGCACGAGGGUGAGCUGUGACCCGGCCUGGCGGACGCCUCCCAUGUUCGGAUCUUCUGUGCCUUUUUUUCCCCCCCCCCCACCCCAUUUUGGUUGUUGUUGUCAUUUUCUAUGUCCUCUCUCCUACCAUAGCACAUGUCCUUGCGCUCAGGAGAGGCGCGCCAGGCCCGGGUCCGGGCUCAGCCCCAGAGACACUCUCAGUGCACUCGUACAGUAUAUUACUGUGGCCGCCCCACGCGGCACCUGCUCCUUCUCCAGGUGGCUUCCUCUGGCCUGACUGAGUUUAAUCGGAUCAUGACGGCGCCAACCGGAAGCUGAAGGAAAGAUUUCAGGAGAGGCUGGCUCCUCCCGAUAGUUGGCCCCCCUCCCCCGGACUGGAAAGGGAAACCUCGCAGGGAACAGCAGAGCACCCUGCGUGCGAGCGCGCGUGCGUGUAGCGCAGAUUGCAUUAAUGCACGUCCUCCCGCAACUAACAGGUGGAAAACAAUAACAGUAUCCUUUGUAUUAAUAUUUAUGCCGUGCGUUUAGUAUUAGUGGAGCUCACGUGGAGCCUGAACUAGCGGCCGGGCCGUGUCCACCUCACGGACCAGCAGACAGCAGCGGUGAGCGCCCCGGGCAGGAGGGAGCCAGCAUCGUGUUCUUUUGGCCUUUGAGUUCAGGGGGGUUGUUUUUUCUCCCAGUUUAAAUUGGGCAGCACGUACUCUGGCGGCGGGUACGCCGGCUGUCGGAAUGUCUGGAGAAGUCGAGGACACGGCCCGCACUGUCGGGUUCUCCCCUGCUGAGGGAGGCCCUGCAUGCGGCAGGGUCCCCAUCGGAGCACUGACCCCAAGAGCCGGGGUGCGGCACGCACAGCCCAGCGCCCGCCCCCUGUGCAGAAGCAGCUUCCGGACGUUUUCGUGGGAGGAAGACCCUGUGUGCGGCUCACGGGCGCAACCAGCUCUGGUUUUCUAAGGACCUGAAGUUUGUGAAUCCUGCCCCAGUGCAAGACGACAAGGAAAAGAGGGGCUGAGUGUGUCCCCCAUGAGCCCCGAAUCACACAGGCUCGGGCACGCACUGCCCGGGAAUGAGGGACCUUGCCAAUUGCUUUUUUGUUCCCCCCUUAUUAUUUUUUUUCUGGAUAAAAUCAAAUUUGCAGGGUGUAAUCAGAAAAUAUAUCUUAGGCUGAAAACUCCAUGCCUUCUAGGAAUCUUUGGAGACCUGAAAUGCUUGCCAAAUGCCCCCAUGGGGGUUUUUUUUUUAACCCCACGUGAGGUUCCAGCUUAAGCCAUUCUCAGCCCAUCACCUGCGUGAUGCCCGGGAGGGGUUCUGGUCCACAAUUGGGGGCUUUUUUUUUUUCCUCAUUAUUUCUUUAACCUGUUGAUCUAUUUGAGGUCUUUUUGUGUUUAUCAAACUUAUUCUUAAGUUUAAAAAGAAAAAAACAGAAAACAAGUUGAGAGGGUGGUUUUUCCCGAGACUGAAAGCUUGCCAACGUGUUCGACAUCUCCCCCCAGCCCACCCCCCGCCCCGCCCGACACCCACACCCCACGCCCCUCUCCCUCCUUGCUAGCCAAAUUGCCCUUCAGCCUGGGUUCCACAUCCUCAGAGGGUGGUUUGAAAUCUUUUGUUAUAUUUUAAAAUAUUUUUUUGGAAGAGCUGCUAAUUUUAUUUUAAGAGAAAAAUUACAAAGUUGUAAAAAAAAAAAAUGCCUCCUUUAUAAACAGAUCCCCCCUCCCUCCGGACAGGUACCGCGUCAGCCUCAGGGCAGCGGGCCGAGGCGCCUCAGUGCACACAUGCUUUCUUUACAGUGGCUGUACAAAGUUUGUAUUUAUUAUGUAAAAUUGUUGAAUAAUAAAAAAAAAAAGGAAUUACAUUUUCCG